UUCCAGGAAUUGGGAAGCAAAUUGAUAAAAUGGAACUUGAAACAAUUGCAAGUAAACCCUCUGGCAGAUAUGUGUUCAUGAUAGAAAAUUUCAACGCUCUGACAACUAUUAUUGGAAAUCUUGCAGGCAAAGCUUGUGAAGAAAAACCAGCUACCCCCUCUCCAAAUAUUCAGAAUACACAAGCAGAAGUAGAAGAGGAGCUCGUAUCCUUUGGAAGAUGUACCCCGCGCAACCCUCUUGAUAUUGUGUUUGCUGUCGACACAGCUGCAAUUGGUGGAUCGAACACUAAGUUUGUCCUCCAGUUUAUUGGUAACAUUAGCGACCGCUUGAACAUGGUCCUUGGUGACUCGACGAUCAUGACCGUGGGAAAUGGCUGUAGUGGAUCAGAACUGGACGAAAGACCAUCGUCUGAUCCGAAAAAGGUUAAAGAAGGGUUGUCUAUGUAUGAAACACCGAAGUACGACGAAUUGAUGAAAAACAUGCGGUUAAAAGCGGCAGGUGGUCGAUUUAAAACGCAUCAUAUCGGAAUCAUGUUCGCUACAGAUCGUCUUUCACCUUAUGAAUACUCUCAGACAGAGCGUCAAAUGUGGCGAGCCAAUUUCCAACGGAUAUCAAUAUUUGUUCUUGGCAUCGGACACAGAGUAGAUGAAGAAGAAUACAGGGCUCUCACAAUCAACGGCGGUCAUUACCUGUCGGUACCGAGCUUUGAGGAUCUUGCACAAGUCGGGAAUGCACUUCUAUACGAUCUUUGCAUAUUUGGAGCAGACAAAUAAUUACUUCACUGUUAAGCUUUUGUUGUUUAGUUUAAAUAUAAAGCUUCGUGCAAUACGAUAUCAGUGUUUUCACCGACAACAAAGUUAAU